AUGAGCGACUCUGACGACAACGGCAGCACACCCGGCAUCCCGGCAUGGCAGCGCGACCAGAAGAAAGAGCCCGAACUCGAGCCGGAGACCUCGCAGGAUGCGAAGCAAGAAGAUGGCGUCUCUUCCCGCGUGGACCGCCUUGAAGUCGCCCGAAAGUUCUUGCAGGAUGACGAGAUCAAAGACGCGCCGAGGGAAGCAAAGGAGACAUUCCUCAAGUCCAAGGGCAUCUCGCCCGAGGAUAUAGAGCAGUUGUUGGGUAGCUCGGUAUCUGAGCCGGCGCAAGAGACCAUUCGAACAGAGCAAUCGCUACCAAGCCUAAGCCAAGCAACGACAUCAUCGUCAUCAGCACCAGCACACACAUUACCAUCACAGACACCACCAUCACCGUCACCACCAUCACCGUCACCACCACCGCAAAACGAGCUCUCCUUUCCUCGCCAAACAGACCAACCCCCCGUGAUAACCUAUCCCGAAUUCCUCACAAAACCGACCCGCCCCCCGCCGCUCAUCACCGCCAAUGGCAUCCUCAACACCCUCUACGCCUUCGCCGGCAUCUCCACCCUCCUCUACGGCACGAACAAGUACCUCGUCCAGCCAAUGAUCGAGAACCUCACCGAGGCGCGCUAUGACCUCCAUGAGACGACCUUGCAGAACCUCGCAAAGAUUAUCGAGAAGCUUGAGGGUACCGUCUCCGAGAUCCCCGCCCCCAAGAAGACCUCCCCCACUGCCGAGGGGGCCUAUAAGGAUGCGGACGACGGGAGCAGCAGCGUCAGCGACGAAGACCCUAGCGAAAUGUUCCACCGCGAUAUCGGCACGCAGACCUCAAUCCCCUCGACGCCCUUAGCGAGCUCCGGGAACCGCUUUUCCGGUGCGGGGGAAAAUGAGGAUAGCGACAGGGAAAAGUCCGCGACCGACAGGCAGGCUGACAAGCUGGCAUGGUUCAAAAACCAGGCUGCCUGGCUCAAGACCACGGUCGUCGGCGACGCGGACGACGUGGCGGACCUCAAGGCCAAGAUGGACGUCCUCAAGGACGACCUCGUGCAGCUGGCGUACCCGAGCCCGUCUGACUACGGCAGCAGCUACUCGCUGUACGGUGGCCCGCGCAAGAACGAGCCCGACGACGAGAUCAAGAAGGCCAGGGACAAUAUCAGGAGGGUUAAGGGGGUGUUGCUCAGCACGAGGAAUUUCCCUGCUUCGGCGAGGUGA